UCCGGAACUUGGAGUUUGCUUCCAUGAGUUUGAUGGCGCGUGUGAAUAAAGUGUGUUUUCUUGUUCAAUUGCUGGGCGUGAACUGAAGUGCACUUGGACGGGCCAGCGUCAGCCGAUUUUGGGUGGCCCACUUGUCGUGUCGUGUGAUCGUUUUCUGGAGCGCAUUCAAAGACGCUUUUCGCAAGUCGCGUAGCUGCGGUAGCUCUUUACGUACCGUUUGACUAUUAUCAGCUGCCGGACGGCGUGCUCCCGGCGAUUGGGCCAUGUGACACCACCGGCGGGGGGUGUGAGUGGGCGUUUUCGAACACAGCGGCCGGAAAGCGAGGCCGGCGGCGGUCGCAUCUCGUCGCGCCAGAUCGUGCUGUCUGCUUCGUCACCGCGCCGUGAUGAUGACUCUUCAGGACGGCACCGAUGAAACUGCAAACUCUGCGGACAGCUCGCUCAAGAUGCGGUCAGACACGAUUGACCUAGCAGACCAGUCCCUGCUCGUGGACAUCUCGGAUGCCCUGAGCGAAAGGGACAAGGUCAAGUUCACGGUGCACACCAAGACGACGCUGCCGGACUUCCAGAAACCAGAGUUCUCGGUGUUGCGGCAGCAUGAGGAGUUCAUCUGGUUGCACGAUGCCCUGGAGGAAUCUGAAAGUUACGCAGGCUUCAUCAUUCCACCGGCACCUCCUCGGCCGGACUUUGACGCCUCUCGGGAGAAGCUUCAGAAGCUGGGCGAGGGCGAGGGUUCCAUGACCAAGGAGGAGUUCACCAAGAUGAAGCAGGAGCUCGAGGCGGAGUACCUGGCAACAUUCAAGAAAACGGUGGCCAUGCACGAGUUGUUCCUGCAGCGGCUCGCCCUGCACCCUGUCUUCCGUGCAGAUGCAAACUUCCAUGUCUUCCUCGAGUACGAGAAGGAGCUGAGCGUGCGGGGCAAGAACAAAAAGGAGAAACUGGCGGGCCUGCUGAGCCACCUGGGCAAGUCGGCGGACGACCUGCGCCUCUCGUCGACCCAGAAGGACGUGGACGAGUUCUUCGAGCAUGAGCGCAACUUCCUCACCGAGUACCACACGCACGUGCGUGACGCCACCACCAAGGCCGACCGCAUGACCCGGGCCCACAAGAAUGUGGCCGACAGCUACAUCAAGAUUUCAUCCUGCCUCACCCAGUUAGCCACAGUCGAGUCAUCCGAGCUGGAGAAGUUCUUCCCCAAGGUUGCAGAGUCCUUCGAGAAGGCUCGGAAAAUCGAAGGCCGGGUGGCAACGGAUGAAGAUUUGAAGUUGUCGGACACGUUGCGGUACUACAUGCGUGACACCUCUGCUGCCAAGGACCUGCUCUACCGGCGGCUGCGCUGCUUAGCCAACUACGAGAAUGCCAACCGUGCUCUGGAGCGGGCACGCAACAAGAACAAGGAGGUCCAAGCGGCCGAGUCAGCCCAGCAGGAGGCCUGUGAGAAGUUCGAGGGCAUCUCAAAGCAGGCAAAGCAGGAGUUAACCGACUUCAAGACUCGCCGUGUGAACAACUUCCGCAAGAACCUGCUCGAGCUUGUGGAGUUGGAGCUCAAGCAUGCCAAGGCGCAGGUUCAACUGCUCAAGAGCAGCAUAGCAAUGCUGAAGAACGAGCCGGUCAAAGUGUGAAAACCUGGGGGCCAACUGCCACUGCCAACCGCAACAACCGGCCCAAGAGUAUUUUCCUGUACUAUAUUUAUUUUUCUGUUUCUUUUUUGCAACAAGCAGAGACAAGGGGGUCUUUUUUGGGUAUGUGAAAUAAAAGAGCAUUCUAUUCAGGUU